GACAGAGUUAAGGGUUCAGGAUAAUUGGGCAAAACCAGUGUAAAAAAAAUAAUUUUUACAAGUGCAAGACCUAACACCACGGUAAAAUGUCAAACUGAUGUCAUCAACGUCAUGUCAUUGUCAAAUUUUAAUCAAGUCGCCCUUCAGUGUUGUUUUCUGCGAUUGUUUUGUUAGAUUUUUUAGAUUAAUUUGUACGGCAAUGAAAAAGUCAUAAUAGCCCGGGAAUGAAUAUCGGUAUAUGCAAUUCAUAUUUAAGAAAACAGUAACUAUGUGGGUUAAACCGCAAGAAGUCUUCAUAAAAACUGCGCUGUGGGACUGUGAUGAGACAACCUUAUACUUCGUUCUUCAAAGAAGAAAGGGCCAUGGCAAAUCAAAAGGACUAUCUUCGCUUCUAGUGGGCACACUCGAUAGUGUCUGGGAUACAAAACCUGCCCCCUUUAGAAUACUACACCAAACUCCUAACUCUGAAAUAUAUUAUGUAAUAGCCACUGCAUUAACAGAGAAAGAAAUCCAACAAGACUGGCAGUGGUUGUUUGACAAUGUAAGCCCUACCUUGCAUUCUUUUGAUAGUGAAGAAGAGAUUACAGAAUUUGUAUGUUGUAAAAUUAACUCCAUUAUUGCUACUGAACAGGAGAAUUUAACUGAAGAUGAAGAUACAUACAAAAAUGUUGAUUAUGAAUUUCACCAAAGAUUUGCAUUGCCAAAAGAUGAGAAACUGGUGUGCUAUUAUUCCUGCAGCUAUUUGAAAGGUAAAAUUCCUCGACAAGGUUGGUUAUAUCUGUCAGUACACUAUAUGUGUUUCUACUCUUAUAUACUUGGAAAGAAGACAUCUCUUAAGAUAAGAUGGGCGGAUGUGACUGAACUAGCAAAGACCAAUAGCAUAUUAUUUCCGGAUUCAAUCAAAAUUGUUACAAGAGAUGGGGAACAUUAUUUCACAAUGUUUUUGAAGAAGGCAGAAACUUUUGCCUUAAUGCAGCAACUAGCUAAUAUAGCUAUGAAACAGUUGAUCGACGACAAAUCCGGCAGCUUUAACAUGGAUAAAGAUUUACUUACUAAGCUGAGUAAGAAUGUACCAAAGAAGCCAUCAUUCCUUAAACGAGAUUUGGACGCGAGGAAACAAUCGAAUCUGUACACACUACGCUUUCGACUACCGCAUACUGAGAAACUGGAUGGUAGCGAAGAAUGUACCUUAUGGACACCAUAUAAUAAAAGAUAUAAUUGGGGCAGAUUGUAUCUUUCGCAGAAUUUUAUAUGCUUCGAUAGCAGGGUGAGACAUCUGGUGAGAUUGACGAUACCAUUGCGGUAUGUUCACCAAGUGGAGCGCGCGGACUCUGGCAGCGCUGGUAGUUCCGACUCUGGGAGUAUCCUCAUCACCACCGCCCAUCACACCAGCUUUCUCUUCGGGAACAUAUCUGAUAGAGAUUUCCUCGUACACAAGAUAUCUGAACUGCUGGCCAAAUUGCCCAAUGAUUUAUAUAGGGAGAAAGCGACACGUGUUCAGGACAAGCACGAGGAGGGGCCGGACUGGACGCCGCAGCCGCCGCUCAUGACGCUGUUCAAGACUCACCAGACGGCAACCAUUAAACAAAUACAGCAGAAAAAGGAAAAACAAUGGGAGGAUCACAUGGCGGAGGUGGGUCGCGGUGUAAGCAUGUAUCAGACGACAGCUGGCAGUGAACUUGUAGUGAACGGUAUACCGGAGUCCCUGAGAGGCGAAUUGUGGAGCGUCUUCUCAGGUUCUACACUACAGAAAGUACAGAAUAAAGGCCUGUAUGCGAAGUUGGUUAAUGAAGCACUCUCCUCUAAAAAUCAAGCAAAUGAUGAGAUCGAAAGGGAUUUGCAUAGAUCGCUGCCAGAACAUCCUGCGUUCCAAAAUGAUGUCGGUAUAUCCGCGCUGCGGCGCGUGCUGUGCGCGUACGCGCUGAGGAACCCCACCAUAGGGUACUGCCAGGCGAUGAACAUUGUAGCCUCCGUGCUGCUCAUCUACUGCCCCGAGGAGCAGGCCUUCUGGCUGCUGGCCACCAUAUGCGAGACUCUGCUGCCUGAUUACUAUAACACAAGGGUCGUUGGGGCUCUGGUGGACCAAGGUGUGCUGGACGAUCUGACAAAGAGCCACCUGCCGGAGCUGCAUGCUAAGCUGGACGAGCUCGGCAUGAUGAAGAUGAUCUCCCUCUCCUGGUUCCUCACGCUCUUCAUCAGCGUGAUGCCGUACGAAUGCGCCGUCAACGUUAUGGACUGCUUCUUUUAUGACGGCGCUAAAGUUAUAUUCCAAGUAACUUUGACAAUUCUGGACAUCAAUCGAGACAAGCUGCUUAAAUGCGCAGAGGAUGGGCAGGCGAUGCAGGUGCUCAGUGACUACCUCGAGGGUAUUUUCAACGAGGAGGCCAUGGCGCUUUCCACUGAGCCCAGGACUGCCGACAAGACGAUCAAGAUCCAGGAAGUAGUGUACCAGUCGUACCGGUCGUACGGCGCGGCGGUGAGCAGCGAGUGCAUCGAGCAGCUGCGGCUGAAGCACCGCCUGCGCGUGGUGCGCCACCUCGAGGACAGCCUGGAGCGCAACACGCUGCGCGCGCUGCAGCAGGACCGCCUGCUGGACCCCGCCGAGCUGCAGGAGCUGCUGAGCGUGAUCCGCGAGGAGUUGUUCUGGGCGAAGCGCGUGCCGUGCGAGCGGCUGGAGGCGCCGUACGAGGCGUACCGGCUGGACUACGCGCAGUUCCGCGCGCUCUUCUCCGCGCUGUCGCCCUGGGCGCGCGCGCCCUGCGCCCCCUGCGACACCAUCACCGCCAGGAUCUUCAAGCUGAUGGACCACGACGAUGACGGCAUGGUGAGCGCGCGCGGGCUGAGCGUGGCGCUGGGGCUGAGCGCGCGCGCGGACGCGCAGCGCCGACUGCGCGCGCUGUACUGUGCGCACGCGCCGCCGCUGCUGGGCGCGCACGACCUGCUGCCCGCGCACUACACCGACACCGGGGAGGAGCUCGCCGCUGACGCCAUCUCCUUCUUUGACAAUGUGGAGAGUCCGGGUGGUGGGGAGAGUGCGGGUGGUGGGGAUGGUGCGGAGGGUGCGGGGGGUGACCGCGGGCUGCAGCGCUCCAUCAGCCAGGUGUGCGAGGCGGGGUACAUGGACAAGUCUGCCGACGCCGCUUGCACGCAGCCAGAGUGUGAGGCGGGGCUGGUGCGUGCGUGCGCGCUGGUGGGGCUGGCGGGGGCGGGUGCGGGGGCGGGGGCUGCGGGCGCGCCGCCGCUGCCGCGCGCGCACCUGCUGCGCCUGCUGGCCGCGCUGCACGGCCUCACCGAGCACAGCGCGCCGCUCUACGAAGCUGUCGCUAGGGCCGGCACGCUGCUGCUGCAGCUGGGCGAGCUGUCGCGGCCGGCGCUGGGCCGCGAGGAGUCCUGCGACAGCCUGUACCUGGCCGCCGCCGCGCACCGCCACACGCACCUCGCGCUGGAUCCCAACGGUAACCAAACGAUGGAGGAAGCCACCUCUGAAACAUCGCCGUCGAAGGAAAGUGAACCUUCAGCGGAGAGCGAAUGGUUUAUAACCCUGGAGCAGUUCCUGGCGACGAUGCUGACGGAGCCGCUGCUGGAGGAGUUCUUCAACAGGCAGUUCCCUCUGCUGCCGCAGCUGGAGGCGCUGCGCCGGAGAGACCGCUCGCAUUCCAUACCUUAACUUCUAUACUUUGCUGAAGUUUAUUUUAUCAUAACCUAUUGAUUCAUUAGUGUUUGGCCUAUGUUAACGGAAUAAAACUCAAGUUACGUAGUUCGGAAACUCAUUUCUUGAAGCUAUCGAACCAAUAACACUAACGAAUGGUUAAACGUUGGGAAACCGGACAUUAGAGUAUUAGAGUCGCUGAACAAAACACAAUUGUUAAUGAAUUAUUUAACGGCAGAUGUAAUUGUUCAUAAAUCGAAAACGCCCGUCUGUUAUAACGUAUUUUAAUGGAAUUCGUUUAAAUGUGACGUUUAAAAAUAUUGCGUCAAAUGUUCGUUUUAGUAUUCGGCUUUGAGUAUAGCUUUAUGUAUUUAAUUCGAUUUUACUUUCAUAAUGACCAACUAAUCUUGAUACUUGACUUUAAUGAAGUGUCGGGAUUAUACUCCGUCUAGUUAUUGACAAAAAAAUAUAUUGGUAACACCCUAAAUUGAUUUCACUAAAGCUUAAGUUUUUAGUUAUUAACAAUUUUAGUUUUUAUUAUAACCAAAACCAAAAGUUUACAACGAAUAUUUUGAAGGAUCUAUUCUAUUUAGAUCGUGUAUAUUUGAAUAGAAAUUGUGUUAUGCAAUAUGACAACAGCAAUAUUUUUUUAAUCGUAAUAUUUAAUUAAUUUUAAAUGAUUUCUUAGCGACUACAAAAUAUGUACUUAAGAAAAAAGUAAUAAAAAAAAUCUAAACUUUAAUAAUUUUGACAAAAAUAUACAUUCCAAUUUUGAAUAUUUUUUAAAAAAUUUAGUACACCUUAUUCUUCCUUUAUUUAGGUCAUAUUUAAGCCAUAUUAGACUAUAAGUAGACGUACAAAGAGGGGGGCUAACAAAUUGUAAUAAAUUUGUCACCCCCUCCCACUUAUCCUCUGACAAGAUAGUAUGUUCACGUGUUUUGCGAUUACUUAAGCACGCUAUGACGUCAUCGGAGACUACAACUGUUUUCGUGCACGCAUUGUAUUUAGAAAAUUUAUGUAUCGUGUUUUUUCAAUUAGCUUGUUUCUUUGUAUGUAUUCAAUAUUGUGAG